AUGUCAUCUACAAUUUCAAGUACUUCUAGUGCUCCAGCAAGCACCGUAACAAUAAACAGAACAACAUCAAAUAAUCAAUUGAAUCGUGCAUCUGGAACAAAUUCUAAUCAACAAACAUCUUCACGUCUUAAACUAACAUAUGAUAAUCGACGUUAUUCAAAUACUCAACAUAAACGAACAUCACAACCUACAAUGAAUUCAAAUUUAAAAGUGAUACCAAAAUUAUCUCCAGUUGAAGUAGUUUCUUUACCACCGGCUCAUCUUAUACUUCAGCAACAAGUAUCAUCUCCUAGUCGUUUACAGCAACAACACUCAUCAUCAUCACCACAAUUUGUUAUACCAUCUAGUUCAGUUCUUGAUCCUCUUGUUCUUGGACGAAACCGUCCUGCACCAUUACCACCACCAACAACAACGACAAAUCGAAAUACUUUGCCUCGUAAUGCUGUUAGUCUUAAUGCAUUACCAUUCAAUCAACAAAAUAAAACAGUAACACGAGGACGUUUACCAAAUACUGGAGUUAAAGGGCCAUUGCCAACACGAACAUCAAAAAUGAGACAACAAUCAUUAGCACCAUUUGAUAUUCAACAAUCUAUUGUACCAUAUCCAGCAACAUCAUUUAUAUAUCGACAUCCAUUAAAUACUGAUCUACCUCCAGUAUUCUUUGAAUGA